AUGAAUAAUUAUAUUAGAGAAACAAUCAUACUAAAGAAGAAGAAUUGUUCCUCUGCAGAUACGGAAGAUAUUUUUCGAUAACACAAUCAUAAGCAAACUCAGCCGACCUAGGUAACUGAAUAAAAUUAAUGGACUAUCCAAUAAUGUGAUUCAGAGAUUUUGUCAGACAUAGAAACUCCAGCCAAAUCCAGGAUGGCUGAUUCAAUCAUAAAGGAAUUUGAAUUAGAAAACAGUGCGAAUGUAGGAUCAAAUAAUAAACAAUCGAGACCGACCAUUGAUGUCAUCAAUGAAGCUUUGUCAUCGAAGUAUCGAUUGAGAGGGGAAAACGAGACGCUGCUAUUUAUUAUGAUAGGCACUUAUAUAAUAAAUAUUUGUCUUCAUUUAGAACAUAUGCUAUCUCCUCGAUAACACGAUUAUAAAAAGUAUAUAGGACUAUUAGUAGAUUUUUUGACGAGUCUUUAUUAUAUAUAUGAUAGUUAUUACAAAGUUAAGAAGAUGGAGAAUGAAUUUCAUAUAAAUAUAAUAUUGCAUUUGCUAAGUGGGCCAGUCUAAUUAUUUUUGAAUGUUGCAUAUUUCAUGUAAUUUCAUUAAUUUUGCUGGUUUUCGAUUAUAUUAAAAUCGUUAAAAUUAUUUGCAACCAAUUUUUAAAAGUAAAAUUUGUCCGACAUUUAUAAUACUUUUGUCAAUAGUUUGCCAAUAAUAUUCACUUCAAUAGUAGUUUAUUUUGUAUUUACAUACUUAUGUACCAUUUUAUAUUGCGAUGUGAAUAAGCAUUAUUUUAAGAGUAUUGGAGUUAGUGCCUUCACUCUAUUAUAGAUACUAACAGUUGAUGGAUGGGGUGAUAUAACUAAACAAUUAUUGCCCAAAACUGGGAUUUCCGUAAUAGUUUUGAUAUUCUCCUUUAUAACUAUUUUGGCGAUGUUCUUUUGGUUUCUAAUUCAAGCAUUUCAAAUUGAUGUGAUGAUCCUAGACGAAUUAGUAAAACAAGGCAAAGUAGAUAUAGAUGAAAAGUCUAUAUCCCAUAGAUCCCAGAAUUUAUUACCUUAAAGAUACUAUUCGAUUAUUUUUGGAAAGCAACAAUCAAGAAUUGUUCUCCUUGUGUGGAUAAUUCAAUUGUUGUAUGCAAAUAUGUAGAACAGACUUAAUAGCAUUAAUGAUUUCCAUUACAUUUGCUUUCACAUCUUUGUAUCUCUCAUAUAUACUUUGCAUUGGAUUGCAGUAGUAGUGUUGAAAGACAUCGAAGCACAAAACUCAUAUUACUCAAACAUUUAACUCACCUUUCAUGUUCUUUCAGGACCAGUGGCUUUUUCCUAUUCACUCGUUGAAUUGAUCACUACUCAAUAAAUCAAAUACAGUCCAAUCCUCAUUAUGUUUAAAAUCCUAACAAACCCAAGCAUUAGAGAUAUUAGUUAUAUUGCCAUUAGAGUUCUAUCCUCUUCACUCUCCCCAUAUAUACUUAUGCUUAUUCUAACAUUGAUUGUGAUGGGAAUUAUUAAAUCUUUCUAUCAUUCAUUUGAAUCAAUUGAUAUAUUAGAUACCUUGCUCAUUUAUUUGUAAACUCUCACUUUAGAUGAUUGGGAUGGUAGUUUAUCUAAAGGAUUUGUAUAAAAGGGCCAUUAUUUUGCCGCUGUCAUCAUUAUGUUGUAUAUUUUAGUGUGUUAAUUUCUACUCAUCCCAGCGUUUAUGGCUUAGGCUUGUGAAAUAUUUUAGUAAAUUCUAGGAAUUUCAUUUAAACCAAGAUUAAAUCAAGAUGGCGAUUUGAAUUUAUAUCAAUAUACUGAUACAAAUGUUGAAACCAUAGUUAAACGUUAAUCCCCCAGAGUUUUUAGAAUCAAUCAAUCACGAAACCUUAUAUAUCUACUACUUAAAUAUUAGAAAGCCCUUUUUUCAUAUGAAAACAAAGUCCAUCGCAAAUUAUUGACAUCUCUCUAUGGGUAUCUCACAAAUAUUGGUAAUUUGCAUUUCCCUAAAUUUACUCAAUUAAGUCAAUCAGAAAAAGGUUUGCUCAAAGCAACAAGACCAUCAAAACUUGUCAUCGAAUUUAAAAACUAAUAAAUUGAAGUCGAUUCAAAUCAGAUUUAAUUUGUUUAUUUGCCUUGA